AUGUUAAGGCCACAGAUAACUCCUGAAUAUGCCCCCAAAAUAGAAGCAGAUGAUGAUAUCUGCAAAUGUCCAGAAACGAGGGGCCUUUCUUUACUAUCACAAAGGUGUCACUGCAUCGUGGAACCAAAUAAUCUAACACGUGUCUCUGAAUUCCUACUCCUGGGCCUCUCAGCAGAUCCGGAGCUGCAGCCCCUCCUCUUUGGAAUGUUCCUGUCCAUGUACACGGUCACAGUGCUUGGAAACCUGCUCAUCAUCCUCACCAUCAGUUCUGACCCCCACCUCCAUACCCCUAUGUAUUUCUUCAUUUGGUUCCUAUCCUUUGCUGACAUUGGUUUCAUUUCCACCACAAUCCCAAAGAUGCUUUUGAAUAUCCACACACACCUCAGAAUCAUCUCCUAUGUCGGCUGCCUGAAUCAGUUGUAUUUCCUCAUGUUUUUUGGAUGUAUGGACAGUCUACUCCUGACGGUGAUGGCCUAUGAUAGAUUUGUGGCCAUCUGUCACCCCCUUCAUUACCCAGUCAUCAUUAACCGCUACAUUUGUGGCUUACUGAUUUUGGUGUCUUUUUUUCUCAGUGUUUUGUAUUCCCAACUGCACUACUUGAUAAUGUCACUACUUACCUUCUGCACAAAAGUGGAAAUUCCUCAUUUUUACUGUGACCCUUCUCAACUCCUUAAUCUUGCCUGUACUGAAACAACCACCAAAAACAUACUAGUGUAUUGCAUUGCUGCCAUCUUUGGUGGUGUUCCAGUCUCAGGGAUCUUUUUCUCUUACACUCGAAUUAUUUCCUCCAGUCUAAGAAUCCCAUCAUCAGGAGGGAGGUAUAAAGCCUUUUCCACCUGUGGCUCUCACUUGUCAGUUGUUUUCUUAUUUUAUGGAACAGGUAUUGGGGUGUACCUGAGUUCAGCUGUCUCAUCUUCUCUUAAGAGUGGUGCAGCAGCCUCGGUGAUGUACUCCGUGGUCACCCCCAUGCUGAAUCCCUUCAUCUACAGCCUGAGGAACAAGGAUAUCAAGAGGGCCCUGCAGAGGCUCUUCAGCAGGUCAGCCUAA